GCAAGUUGCAUUAUUUAAAUUUGCAGAUAAAAAUAAUGCAUACAAUCACACUAAUUCAUUGAAAACACAGUACAAACUUAUAAUUACAGGAAUAAAAAUAUAAUCAGAAUGGGUGACGGCCAAAACGGCUUCGAGGACAAUGAGAUGCUCCAAGCAUUGUAUGACUUCGAAGCGACGUUGGCGAAAACCUUGAGCUUUACGGAGGGUGAAUUUUUCUAUCUUCAACAACAGAACGUGAAACAGAGGAACUGGUGGCAUGUCGUUAAUAGGAGAGGUCAAGUCGGCUUCGUGCCCUCCAAUUACGUCGCUACAGUCAAGGUGGAGCCAGAGUUCUUUAUUGCGUUCCUUAGUAGUUGCAUUAAGUCUCUGAAUGAGGAUAGUGCUAUGUCGGGACAGAAGCAGGAGUUGUUAGCUAGGUUGAGUGAAAAGAAGAAGCAACUGCAGAUGCUAACGAGGCCGCAGAACAAGAAGCCACCGGCACCGAAGCCUCCACCACGCUUAGAUGAUGCAACACCUCCUAACGGUGUCUCUCCAUCUUUUGACUUGAGGCCUGUUGUGUCUCAGCAGUAUAUUAGUGAGGAAAGAGAUAGUUCUUCACCUAAAUCUGUUGUUGACAAUGAUGAUCAUAGCAAGAAAACCGGCAUUACCAAAACCUCCUCAAUCCAGUUAUCGUCAGACACAGACAACCAAGACGACAGCCAGGACAGCAGUGAGAGCAUCAAACCUAACGCCAUCUAUGACAUAGUGCAGUCAGUACGGAAGGAGACACAGCUCAGCCAUGAAAUGUCUAAAGUUGCUGUGGAAACAGUUCUUAUAUCCUUGAGGGAGUUCCUACCAGGUGGUGCCGCGCGUUCAAUCAUCGACGCGCUUCUCCGAGAAGCGAACAGCAACAUAACCUGCCCCCGUAACGCUAUGGACGCCGCGCCGGACGCUCUACGCAUGCUGACGGCGCUCAACGCGCUCUCGAAGGCGGCUAAUGACGCGCAGCAGCGCGGCUGGGCGCUGCACGACGACGCUCACGACAUACAGACGCAGCUUCUCGAACUUAUAUCUGUUAUGUCGAACGCUGACGUGAAUAUAUCGCAACACGUGCUGAGCAGCCACAAAUACUCUUACGUGACAACCCUAGUGCAGUACUACCAGAUGGAGACGCGAUGGCCGUUAAGACAACUACUCUUGCAGGCCUUCGGCGUAAUGUGUGGCCUAGAGCGCACCGCACUGGCCACCUUAGCGCUAUCGCCUCCGCCAGAGAUCGCUCGUGAUAUGCGAGACAACCCUCGCGCUGUCAGCCGCCUGUCGCACUCCGCACUGCUACUAUCCAUGGUGUUGUCUAUGGCCGACAAGCUGCCUGUCACACACUUCGAAAUACUGGGCGUGGAAUUCGCAGAAUUUCUCCUAGAGCUCAUCGAGAACCCGCCAGAGACGGAUGUUGACGAGCAAAUACCUGAUCUUUUCCUGACACUGCUCUUGGCCUACAAUCUACAGUUCGAUACGCCGGUGGAUAACCUACUGCUCAAUGCGCUGGAGAACCGGGACAAUGCCAAGACUUUCUGUGAAAAGGUGUUGCUGCUGCUUAAUCGUGAAGAUGAUCCAGUCCACAUCUUCGAUCAUGAGCCAGCCCCAGCUCACUCAGUACUAAAGUUGGUUACCGACCUGUUCUCACGCAAGAAGACGGCUGAACACUUCUACACCAACGACGUCAAAGUAGCCAUCGAUAUUAUCGUGAGACAGCUGGCAGAUCUCUCGCCGGGAGAAACGCGGCGUCAAGAAUAUCUAAAAAUUCUCCAAGGCAUCAUCCGGAACACCGACUACGGUUCCCACCUGCACCGCCGAGACGACCUUCUCCGUUGCUUCGCGCGCAUCUUCUGCGAAGAAGGAGUCAGCCGGGACGACCAGGCCCUCGUCAGGGCCAUCUCCAACGAGUUCCCGCAGUACUUUAAGGCCUAAUGUCCAGCUGGCUACCAAGGUUAGUACAGCAGGGCAUUUGUCACCAUGUCACGUUCUAACAAGUAUGUAAGUGCGAAAGUGACGAAUGAUAUGACAAGAUACGGCUACUGAACCUUGAACGGUUGCAGGGUCGCGGAGGCCUAAGUGUUCCAAUACGCUUUUGAGACGACGUGAAUUCUGCUUUGUCUUCUAGAAUAGACAUUCCGAUGUUAGAAACUUAUAAAGGAGUCGCUAGAGAUAGAUAGAAAAUUAUGGCAUGUUUUUGCCAGUUUAAAGGGAUAGUUACUGCACUUUUAAUUGUAAUCCCUAUACUCGAGCGCACUUAAUACCAUUUUCCAUACGAUAUGUAAGAUGUUUUAAGUCGAGUUUAAAGCAAAAAUAAAGUUAAAUUUGUCAGAAUGAACACUAAAGAUAAAAAACUAUUCCAUACAAAAGUACCUAGUCGCAAAUUGAUAUAAUUAUGUCUAUCAGUUGAAAUGGUACAUAAAGAUAAAAUUCCUAGUUACGUAAUUGGUUAACAAUAAUCCAUAUUAUUUAAAAAUACCUAUAUCCGGAGGAGGAAAUAUUGAAAAAUAUAGAGAGUAUUGUCGAUGUCUUCAUCGCCUAUUUUUUGGGUACCCCUCAGAAGGUCGACUAUGCUAAGGUCGUAUAAAACCCUUUCCUGUCUUCGGGCCAGAAAGCGUCAAAUUUCAGACCGCUGCGCUAAACGAAAUUAUUAAAUAAAAAUAAAAAACCUUUCGUGACCUCCGCUCCAC